UCCUCGGCCGAGUGCAUGGGAACCUCGUUGCGAAGCACUUCUCGGGUCCCCGCCCUCACUCAUAAACCACCAUCUUCUCCCACGACAUGUCGCCUGGUCCUGCACCUCACAGGCACGCAGAUGCAGCCAGCUGCAUUGCCCAUGAACAAGCUGACGAAGCCACGGCGCUGGCUAGGUUAUUGGAGGUGUCCACGAUCGUCUUGCGUCAGGCUGUCGAUCUGGUCGACGCAACCCUGACCUCGGAUGACCAGCUUACAGUGCACUCACAAUAUCUUCCUGGCUCGACGAUAGGGAAACACUUGAGGCACGCGAGGGACCAUUUUGUACUCCUCAUGGAGUGCCUGUCAACUCCGUCACCGCAUGUUCUCAACUACGAUGUGAGGUCGCGCAACACCCCCAUGGAGAGUGAUCGUCAAGCAGCACGGGAUGCAUUGGACGCUGCGAUUGAGCAACUGAAUCAAACCGUGCCAAAAGCAAAGAUGGAAGAACCCAUCAUGCUGCAUGCUAUUACUCCAUAUCCACAGGUCGUACAGACGACGUUCGGGCGAGAGCUAUGGUUUGCUGGAUUACACGCAGUCCAUCACUGGUCAAUGGUACGGGUCAUCGCUGGAGAACUUGGUAUCCAUCUGGAGGAAUCCUUUGGCUUCGCGCCGUCCACGUUGGUACACAACGGUUCGCAAGCGCCGCUCGGCAAGCACAAGAUGUAAAUCCCAAUCAUGGUUUUCAGUCGUACUGUCGAUGCUGUCUUAGUCCUAGAGCGUGUUAUGUUUUGUCUGUAGCGUGAAUUCGUACAGAGCCCUGUGAGCCAAUUCAACGGCGAGAGUAUACUUUACGAAAAA